CGGGUCGAACUACUCAAACGGACUGACCCAUACAAUUUUUACUCCGUUUAAUCACACAAACCACUUUUUCCGUCAUCGUUCAUCGUUUCUCAUUGUCUUCUUCAUCAUAUGAGCUUCCAUCCUCCAUAGCCAGUUCACAGACUGUUCAAAUCUUUCGGAGGAUCGAGAAUUGAAAGAUCUAUGGAGUGGACGACGGUGCAGCAUCUGGAUCUGCGUCAUGUUGGCCGCAGUUCGAAACCGUUUCAACCUCACGCUGCCACGUUUCAUCCGAGUCAAGCCUUGGUGGCUGUUGCUGCUGGAACCUACAUCAUCGAGUUUGAUGCUUAUACUGGUAGCAAGAUAUCUUCGAUCAACAUUGGUGCUCCUGUGGUUCGGAUGUCUUAUAGUCCCACUAGUGGCCAUGCGGUCGUUGCUAUACUUGAGGAUUGCACAAUCAGAUCAUGUGAUUUUGAUACAGAGCAAACUUGGGUUUUGCAUUCUCCUGAAAAGAAGAUGGAACGCAUUACAAUCGACACAGAAGUCUAUCUGGCCCUUACCCCUCUCCAACCAGUAGUAUUUUUUGGUUUCCAUCGCAGGAUGAGCGUAACAGUUGUUGGAACUGUUGAAGGGGGAAGAGCUCCAACAAAAAUAAAGACAGAUCUGAAGAAACCCAUUGUCAAUCUUGCUUGCCAUCCCCGCCUUGCUGUACUGUAUGUCGGUUAUGCAGAUGGUCUGAUUCGCGCUUACAACAUUCAUACGUAUGCUGUUCUCUACACCUUACAACUUGAUAAUACCAUUAAGCUUAUGGGUGCUGGAGCAUUUGCUUUCCAUCCAACUCUGGAAUGGAUUUUUGUUGGUGAUAGACGUGGUACCCUUCUUGCUUGGGAUGUAUCUACUGAGAGACCUAUCAUGAUUGGAAUUACACAAGUGGGCUCUCAACCAAUUACAUCGGUUGCGUGGCUCCCGGUAUUGAGAAUACUCGCUACUCUAUCCAAGGAUGGAACUCUUCAAGUUUGGAAAACACGAGUUGUAGCGAGUUCUAAUAGGCCUCAGGUGCAAUCUAACUUUUUUGAGCCUGCAGCAAUUGAACAAAUUGAUAUCCCACGCAUUUUAUCCCAACAAGGUGGUGAAACUGUUUAUCCUCUACCAAAGAUUAGAAGUCUUGAAGUUCAUCCAAGAUUAAAUUUAGCAGCCUUGAUGUUUGCACAGAAUAUGACAGGUGGUGACAAUGCAAGAAAUAAAGCUGCCUACACUAGAGAAGGAAGAAAGCAACUCUUUGCAGUUCUGCAAAGUGCAAGGGGAUCUUCAGCAUCUGCUUUGAAAGAGAAACUUCAAGCCCUCGGGUCAUCAGGUAUUUUAGCAGAGCAUCAACUUCAAGCCCAGUUGCAAGAGCAUCAUAUGAAAGGGCCCAGUCAGCUUACAAUUUCAGACAUUGCACGCAAGGCUUUUCUCUUCAGUCACUUUAUGGAAGGACAUGCGAAAAGUGCCCCAAUAUCUCGUCUACCUCUCAUCACCAUCUUAGACGCUAAAAAUUAUCUCAAAGAUAUUCCAGUUUGCCAGCCAAUUCAUUUGGAGCUAAACUUUUUCAGUAAAGAGAAUCGGGUGCUUCAUUAUCCUACUAGGGCUUUCUAUAUAGAAGGUGUAAACCUAAUGGCAUACAAUCUAUCUACUGGAGCUGAAACUGUCUACAAGAAGCUUUUUGCAUCGAUGCCUGGACAUGUUGAGUUCCACGGGAAGUACAUGCUUCACAGUAGAAAGCAACACUUGUUUCUUAUAGUUUACGAGUUUAAUGGUGCUUCUAGUGAAGUGGUUCUUUACUGGGAAAACACCAGCUCCCAGUCAUCAAACAGUAAAGCCAAUACAAUCAAAGGUCGAGAUGCUGCGUUUAUCGGUCUAAAUGACGGUCAGUUUGCAAUUCUUGAUGAGGAUAAGAUUGAACUUUCUGUAUAUACAUUGCCUGGAGGUUCUUCAAAACCUGCUGCUGAAAAGAAUAUGAUAGAUGAUCAAAAACAAUAUGAAGAGCUUGAUGUUUCCUCAAUCAAGGCCCCCCUGCAAUUUACCUUUGAAAGUGAAGUUGAUCGCAUUUUUUCUACUCCAGUAGAAUCAACUUUGAUGUUUGCUUGUUUUGGGGACAAAAUUGGCAUGGCAAAGCUUGUUCAUGGAUACAGCAUUUCUACUUCUGAUGGUCCUAACAUGUCAACAAAAGGUGAAGGCAAAAAGUCAAUCAAGUUGAAAACAAACGAGAUUGUUUUGCAGGUUCAUUGGCAAGAAACUCUUAGGGGCUGUGUUGCUGGAAUAUUAACUACACACAGAGUACUUAUUGUUUCUGCUGAUCUAGAUAUUCUCGCAAGCAGUUCUAUGAAAUUUGAUAAAGGACUUCCUUCAUUUAGAUCUCUUUUGUGGGUUGGGCCAGCACUUAUGUUCUCCACCACCACUGCCAUCAGUGUGCUGGGAUGGGACGGGAAAGUAAGGACCAUUCUUUCCAUCAGUAUGCCUAAUGCAGUGCUGGUUGGGACUUUGAAUGAUCGAUUGUUGCUUGCAAACCCAACCGAAAUAAACCCAAGACAAAAGAAGGGUAUGGAGAUAAAGCAUUGCCUUGUAGGGCUUCUUGAACCUCUUCUUAUUGGUUAUGGCACCAUGCAACAAAAUUUUGAGCAGAAGCUCGACCUCUCGGAGAUAUUAUACCAAAUAACGUCAAGGUUUGACAGCUUACGGAUUACUCCAAGAUCUCUUGAUAUCCUUGCUACUGGUGCUCCUGUGUGUGGUGAUCUUGCUGUAUCAUUAUCCCAAUCAGGGCCUCAGUUUACUCAGGUGCUGCGGGGAUCUUAUGCUAUUAAAGCUCGUCGGUUUUCAACUGCUUUAUCUGUUCUCAAGGACGAGUUUCUGAGAUCUAGAGAUUAUCCACAAUGCCCUCCAACCUCACACUUGUUCCACCGCUUUAGACAACUGGGAUAUGCAUGUAUCAAGUAUGGUCAGUUUGACAGCGCAAAGGAGACCUUUGAAGUAAUAUCCGACUAUGAAAGCUUGCUGGACUUGUUUAUAUGCCACCUCAACCCUAGUGCAAUGCGCCGACUUGCUCAGAGAUUGGAAGAAGAGGAUGCUGACUCAGAAUUAAGGCGUUAUUGUGAAAGAAUACUAAGAGUGCGUUCCACUGGAUGGACACAAGGCAUUUUUGCCAAUUUUGCUGCUGAAAGUAUGGUCCCUAAAGGACCUGAAUGGGGUGGUGGAAAUUGGGAAAUCAAAACACCCUCAACUACAAAGAGUAUUCCUCAAUGGGAAUUAGCUGCUGAGGUCAUGCCAUAUAUGAGAACUGACGAUGGCAGCAUACCCUCGUUAUCUACCGAUCAUAUUGGUGUCUACCUCGGGUUAAUUAAAGGAAGGGGUAAUAUUGUUGAAGUUAGUGAUAGCAGCUUGGUAAAAGCUUUCAAGUCUGAUGGUACAAAUGUUAAGUCAAACGAUGGUCAAAGUCAAACAUCUCUUGUCGCUUCCACUUCCAACCAGCCACCAUCUGCUAGUGGUGGGGAUUCAUUAAUGAACCUUGGGUCUCUUACUAACAUAUCAGCAACGUCUUCGAGUGCAGUGGAUGAACAGGCCAAAGCUGAGGAUGAAUUUAAAAAAUCUUUAUAUGGUAAUGUUGGAGAUGGUAGCAGUAGUGAUGAGGAGGGUGUUUCUAAAACUAAAAAGCUGAGAAUUAGGAUCAAAGAUAAACCUGCUGCUAAUGCUACCGUUGAUGUUGAUAAAAUUAAGGAAGCGACACAAAAGUUUAAACUUGGUGAUGGAUUGGGUGCUCCUAUUCAUAGGACUAAAUCACUAACUAAUCAAUUCCAAGAACUUAGCUUGAAUACCCCUCCUCAGUAUGCUGUUGCUACCACUGGUCCCCCUGUUUCUGCCCCAGUUGAUCCUUUCGGAACCAGCUCAUUCACACAAACCGGGCCUGUAUUCCCUGCUGGUCCUAUGCCCACAGGAGCUGCAGUUGGGCCCCGGCCCAUUCCGGAAGACUUCUUCCAGAAUACUAUACCGUCUCUCCAGGUGGCUGCAGCAUUGCCCCCUCCGGGCACUUAUCUCUCAAGAUAUGAUCAGAAUUCUCAAGGGGUGGAAACCAAUAAGGUGUUACCAAACCAAGUGACUUCAUCUGUGCCUAAUGUCAGCGGAAUUCCUAUUCCUCAAGUAUCCAUGCAGCCCGUUGCUACCGAGUCGUUUGGGCUUCCUGAUGGCGGUGUUCCACCACAAUCAGUAAGUCAACCUGCGGCUAUGCCACAUCCUCAUGCCCAGUCAGCAAAUGUUCCUAUCUCGACCCAGCCUCUUGACCUGAGCUCACUUGAAGGUCCAGGCUCUGUAACUGCAGUAAAAUCUUCUGAACCACCCCCUCCAACAUCUGUACGUCCAGGGCAGGUUCCUCGUGGGGCUGCUGCUUCAGUUUGUUUCAAAACUGGUCUUGUCCAUCUUGAGCAGAAUCAAUUACCAGACGCUUUAUCUUGUUUUGAUGAAGCUUUCCUUGCAUUAGCAAAGGAUAAUUCUCGUGGCGCAGACAUAAAGGCACAGGCCACCAUUUGUGCUCAAUACAAAAUCGCGGUUACUCUACUUCAGGAAAUCGGUCGGUUGCAAAAGGUUCAAGGUCCAAGUGCCAUCAGUGCAAAGGACGAGAUGGCAAGAUUGUCACGUCAUCUUGGUUCAUUACCUCUUCAAGCAAAACACAGAAUAAACUGCAUAAGAACAGCCAUAAAGAGAAACAUGGAUGUGCAAAAUUACGGAUAUGCCAAACAGAUGCUUGAGUUGCUUUUGUCAAAAGCACCUCCAGGCAAGCAAGACGAGUUAAGAAGCUUGAUUGACAUAUGCGUCCAAAGGGGUUUGACCAAUAAAUCCAUUGACCCGUUUGAAGACCCUUCCCAGUUCUGUGCUGCCACCCUUAGCCGUUUAUCCACCAUCGGGUAUGAUGUUUGCGAUCUUUGUGGGGCCAAAUUUUCUGCACUUGCUUCACCCGGUUGCAUCAUUUGUGGUAUGGGAAGUAUUAAGAGAUCUGAUGCACUUGCUGGACCGGCUCCUGUUCCAUCACCUUUUGGUUGAUCUUUCUUCAUCUACUUUUCUUAUAUUCAUGGGCCGGUUUGAUUGUUUUGCUGGGUGUGUUUUGUGUAAGAUGAAUGUAUGUUUUUGGUGUAAAAUCUAAGAAUCCACAUAGGACCCCACUUCUGAUUUAUUUUUGUACAAACCCAAAUAUUUGUUCUUCACGGGCGCCUUUUUAUAAGUGGUAGCAAUUUUUUUCCACAA